GAUGAACGCCAGCGUUGAUAAAAAUCUUAGGCAAUUUCGUAUUCAAUUUUUUCUGGCAAUUUUUGUGUAAACUUUUUAACGGCAGAAUUUUCUAACUUUCUCCACCCAAUAUCUUUAUUUCACCCUCAAAAUGGAAGCAUCUGGUCAUGUCUUGGACAUUUACCCUGCUAAUGUAACGCGUCCAGCCAUAAUAAACUUUUCAUUUCCAUACAAGUUGUGGUUAGUUAUAAACUUGGAUUUUUGGGAAUUUCUUCGUUGGAACCGCGAUGGUACUGUGAUUCUUUUGGACUUAUCCGGCCUGGAGGAGUACCUCAAUUCAAUGCGUUCAAUUUUUAAAAUAAAAAAUUGCUCGGUAUUUUUGAAACAUCUUGACGAAUUUAAAUUUGAACGCCUCAAUGUUCAGCUCGAGGCCGAGGAGGAUAUACUUUUGCAAUAUAAACAUGAAUCAUUUCAACGCUACCGUUUGGAUUUAUUGGCCAAUGUACGUCGUGAUGGCUAUGCAGAUAAUGGUUGUAUUGAAAAUGGAGACGACAAAGAGGGAUCGUGUUCCAAUAGGGCUGAAAAAAAUCCGCAGUUGAUGCUCUCAAGAAAAGUGUCUAGUCGUAUGCCGGGUGAUUUAUGUUUCAUGUCUCAUGGCUGUUUGUCACAAAUUCAAAGGAGUCGUAUACGUUUUCAAACUAUUUUUAAUUUUCAAAAUGAGGCUGCUUUAUUACGCGAUAAACUAAGAGUAUCCGAUGAAAUUGCUGAACGUAAUAGACGGAGCUGUUUGACAAAGACUCCUACACGCAUAACCAAGGCAGCUAACGACAAUGAUCAAGUUAUUGAGGUAUCGGCUGAUCUUUAUGAAAAUCCUCACGAUUCGGUAUUACAUUUCGCUGAUGACUUUCGUCCGGAAUAUGCAGGUUAUUAUGGAAAUGUUAGCAAGGAAAUGCUGCUGAACUUUUUCGGUGAAUAUCUGCCGACCUAUGCAGAUGGAACCAUGGAAGUGCAGAAAAUCAUUGCGGAUAGCAGCGCUAACAAGGCAGCAAUUACCACUGAUAUCAAUACUGAGACAGUUAUUCCAUCUGACAUGACAACUGCAACUUAUACCAAUUACGGAUCAACUACUUCCACAUUAAUUUCAAGUGAGGACUUUCAAGCAAUAGACGAUUUGCAUUUUACUUCAAGCUUACAGCCAAUAUUUAAAACUGAAGAUGAACAGAAAAACGUUUACGAAAGCCCAACCGAAUUUCAUAUUUUCUCAGAAAAUGUUGCAGUCGAUGAUGUAGACACUGAAAUAUCCAUGGAUGAAUUUCUGAAAUUCAAGGAUCCUUUGGCAUUACACUGUAAUGAUAACAUGGAGAUGAAAAAUGGAAACGAUAAUAUUGCUAACAAUGGAACGCAUUGUGAUGAUUUUCUUAAAUUUAAAGAUCCAUUAGAAUUCGAAGAAAAUAAGGAAAAUUUUAACGACCAACCUCAAUGUUCUAAAAAUUCUGCAAAUAGGUGCCAACCACCUAAGUUAAAAAUGAAUGAAGAUAACAACAAAGAGGACGAACAAAAUUUUCGUAGCUUUUUUAGACAAUAUAAGGCUUCCCUUAAUUUGUUGUACGAUAAUUAAUUAUUUUAUGAUUACUUUAGUUUUCUAUUAAUCAUUGCAUUAUUAUAUGCUUAUUUUUAUUGGUGAUUAACUUGGUCAGCUUUUAUUUAUAAUGUUCACAAAAACAAAUUUGACUCACGUUCUUUUAUAUUUAAUCCUUCAAUAAUUGGUUUCUCAUAAUGAAAAUUCCAUACGAAUCAUACUUUUUAUGAUAAUUAAACAUUUGUCCAUCUUAUUUUUUUUAUUGUAAUACGUUAAUCGUUCCGAUUAAAAAUUGUUAUAAUUAUUAUGAUAAUCCCUUUGAUUGUGGUGAAUCCGUAUUUAAAUUUUUUGUAAUAUUGUAUGUUGUUAACAAUUGAUUUAGUAUGUAUUUGUAUUUUA